AUGGAAUUUUCAAAGUACAACGCUUUGGGAAACAACUUUAUAUUUAUGGACAACAGAGACAGGCGGAUAGACGUCUCUCAAGAAACUUUUGUCGUCAGAUUGUGCGAGCCUAGAACUGGGAUUGGUGCGGACGGGUUGGUCGAGAUCCGUUCUUGUGAGAAUGCCCAGCACCGUUACUGUGUUUUUGAGUUUGUGUACCACUGUAGCGAUGGACGGGUAGGUGGGUUAUGCGGGAACGGUGGGCGUUGUGCUGUGAAGUUUGCAAUUCAGCUUGGCCUGGCUUCGGCAGACGAGGAUGUUACGUUCUGUGCAUGCGACGGAGAACACGUUGGCCGUGUGGACAGUCAGUCUGGCCUGGUGCAUCUUAAGAUGAAAGACAUAGACCGGGGGAUUGAUAGAGUGGUAAACAAUAAUUAUCAGAUUUUUACCGGCACCUUAACCUUCGUUGCAUACUUUGACGACCUUGAGAGCGUUGACGUUCAGCAGGAUGGCGAUGAACUUCGGAAAAUAUAUGACACCGGACACAAAGAGGGAUUUGUCAAAGCUUACGUCCAAACUUGCCCCGAAAAAACGAGUGAGAUUUCCAUGCGAAGUUACGAGUGCGGCGUCAACGGCGAGACGCUGGCGUGUGGAACUGGCGCCACUGGCGCUGCGCUUGUUACGGUAAGUCGACGGUCAGCGUUCACUGAACCGACGUCAGUGAAAGUUAAUGUCAAAGUUCGUCUUGGGACACUAACGGUGACGGCUUUGCGCGUGGGUGAGAGGAAAUUCUCAGAUGUGUAUCUAAUUGGUCCUGCAUGUCACGUGUUCGAAGGAGUGUUGCGUGAUCUCUAA